AUGGCCGAAACACCAACAACUAAAAAGUCUCUUUCCUUCUUCGGUUUGUUAGGAAUGACAGACAACAUACUGACAGAAGGACCUGAACCAACCUCAACAUACCUGGGUCGAUCUCAAGGUCUGUUAGCUGCAUCCUCACAAGAAGAAUUUACUCUUGUGAUGGCUACAAGUUUUGUGUUCAAAGGAGGGAAUUUCAGUGGGAGUAGUUUGAGUGUUUUGGGACGGAAUCCGUUUAUGGAUUUGGUUGAAUUGCCGAUUGUUGGAGGAACUGGUGCUUUCAGAUUCGCUUGUGGGUUUGCAGUGGUGAAAACACAUUGGGUUAAUACAGCUACACAUGAUUUGAUCGAAGAAUACCACAUGACUGUCAUGCACUACUAA